AUUUCUCCCUAUCGAAAUCAUCACUCUCAAAGCAAAACAAACAACAAAUCUCCAGUUAUCAUCUGUUAGUAACCGUUUUCUGUUGCUUUACAAUGGCACGUACCAAGCAAACCGCUCGCAAGUCCACCGGUGGCAAAGCCCCAAGGAAGCAACUGGCAACCAAAGCCGCUCGCAAGUCCGCUCCGGCCACCGGUGGAGUGAAGAAGCCACAUCGUUUCAGGCCAGGAACCGUCGCUCUCCGUGAGAUCCGUAAGUACCAGAAGAGCACUGAGCUUUUGAUCCGCAAGCUUCCGUUCCAGCGUCUUGUUCGUGAGAUCGCUCAGGAUUUCAAGACUGAUCUCCGUUUCCAGAGCUCCGCCGUGUCUGCACUUCAGGAAGCGGCUGAGGCUUAUCUUGUUGGGCUCUUUGAGGACACCAACCUCUGCGCAAUUCACGCUAAGCGUGUUACCAUCAUGCCAAAGGAUAUCCAGCUUGCUAGGCGUAUUAGAGGCGAACGUGCUUGAUUUUGUUGAAUUCUUGAUUUUAGGGUUUGUGUAGAUAUUAUCGACAUGUAGUUAAUCACAAACCGUGGUUUCAUUUUCUUUAGGCCUAAUCUUGUAAUUGUUCUGAACGCUUUAUCAAUUGAAUGAAUCUGAUAUGUUCAACUAUUGUUUAAAGAAAUCUAAUCUUUGCUGAAAUUUUA